CAAAAAGUCUCACCCAACUUGCAAUGCCCAAUUUGGAAGCAAAGGAGCCCAACUUUUUUAUUUGCUAGUAUUUCUUCUUCCUAUCAAAAAGGGCUAAAAAGCCCAAAAAAGCCAGCCAUUUUUUUUUUGUUUCCCUCCCUUGUUAGUUUCUUUCAGUUGCUGUCUUAAGAGUAAGAGAGUGAUUUGUCUCAGUGUGUUUCCAUUUGAAGGGGAAAAUGGCAGAUCCAUCAUCGAAGAGAUUGAGCAGCGAGUUCGUAACCUACGCUUACCUUCUUCUUUAUAUUGCUCUUUCCAGUGGUCAGAUCUUCUUUAACAAGGUUUAUCCCCCACACUUCCCUUCUUGAUUGUUCUCGAUUGAUGAUUAUAUUGGUUCAUUUUCUUUUGUGUUUUCUUUCAUUUGCGUUAUGCUCUUCCAAUUGAACUUGUGUUUGGUUUCUUUGUCUUUUGGGUGCUACCGUUGUUGUAGGGUUGAAAUUGGAAUGGGUUCUUUUGCAUUUCUUUUCUUGGUGUUGACUUGUGAAAAGUGCCAUUCAUGGUAGGUACACUGUAUUGGAAGAACUUGUAAUGCUCAUUGCGUUUUGAUCACAUUAACCUUUUCUUACUCAGUGCUUAGUAAUAGAUAGCAGUGCUUAAUCCCCAAAGUUCAGCCUUUGAAAAUGAAAAUGGCAAAAUGCAUUCUUCUGAACCAAGUUGGAGUUCUUUUUGAGUGGCUUCACGUGGGGUUAUGGACUUGUGGCAAUUUAUUUGGCCAGGGAACUUGUAAACAGUAUCCACUGUUUUUUGCUAAUGCUGCAUUCAGGGCCUGUGAGAUAUUACACGUUCAGAUUGGAAUACAAUAUAAGAAAAACUCUCAAGUAGAUUCCUAAUAGAUAUAUGUUAAAAAUGACAACAGGGACCAGCUAUGUUAAAAUCAAUAUACAGUAUUGCAAAUGGUUGAUCACCUGUUUUUAUGAGCCGUGGUUGACGGGUUGAGAACCGCGUUGUUUAUGUGGUGGUUCCGAUGAAUCAGAAGUUCAGUAUACUUGUUGAUGAAGGAUUUUUUACUGUCAUAUGAUUUUGUAAGUUCUUGUUGUUAUCUUUGGUAUCUGUUUCUAUGAUAUACUGUUUCUUCGAGCUUUUGGCUAAGGGAAGCUUUUCAUCUCCAAAGUUCCUUCUUCUGUGUUCAAUUUUGAUUUUAUAUUUGCUUAGACAAUUUUACUUUGACAAGAAAAUGAUCGUUAAAGCUUACCACGGCUUGUCAUUUUUUAAACUUCACGAAUCCACACUUUUCUGUGUUAAUGAAAUGUUUCGAUGGGCUUUUUAUUGCUUUUUGGUUCUCAUUUCUGUUGAUGAUUGAUUAUAAGUUGGUGCUUUGCAGUGGGUUUUAUCCUCGAAAGAAAUAAACUUUCCAUAUCCACUUGGAUUGACUCUACUUCACAUGAUUUUCUCCUCGGUGUUGUGUUUUGUGCUUACAAAAGUUCUCAAGAUUAUGAAAGUUGAGGAAGGGAUGACUCUUGAUAUAUAUAUUUCAUCAGUCAUACCAAUUGGUGCAAUGUUCGCUAUGACACUUUGGCUUGGAAACACUGCUUACCUUUAUAUAUCUGUUGCCUUUGCUCAGAUGUUGAAAGCAAUCAUGCCAGUUGCUGUUUUCAUUCUUGGAGUGGCUGCGGGUCUGGAAAUGAUGAGUUGUCAGAUGCUUCUUAUAAUGUCAGUAAUCAGUUUUGGUGUGCUAGUGGCUUCUUAUGGUGAAAUGGAUAUCAACUGGGUUGGUGUCGUUUAUCAAAUGGGAGGUGUUGUUGGAGAGGCUUUGAGGCUUAUAUUCAUGGAGAUUCUAGUGAAGAGGAAGGGUAUCAAGUUAAACCCAAUAUCUGUCAUGUACUACAUUAGCCCUUGCAGUGCUCUUUGCCUCUUAAUUCCCUGGAUAUUUUUGGAGAAGCCAAAGAUGGAAGAAGCGGGGACAUGGAAUUUCCCUCCCCUUGUGUUAACUCUUAAUUCUCUUUGUACCUUUGCUCUCAAUCUCUCAGUUUUUCUUGUCAUCCAACAUACAAGUGCUCUUACCAUCCGUGUGGCUGGUGUUGUCAAAGAUUGGGUGGUUGUCCUAUUAUCAGCAUUUCUUUUUGCCGAUGUGAAUCUCACUUUCAUCAAUCUCUGUGGCUAUGGCAUUGCUAUUGCAGGUGUAGCUGCCUACAACAAUCACAAGUUAAAAAAGGAAGCUACCAAGAUCAAUUCAGGUCAAUCUCAAGCUCAAUCCCUCCCAUUAGUAGCUUCUUCAUCUUCCAAUCAGUAAAACACGUACAUGUAGCAGACAAACAUUCUUUUUUAACAUUUGUAAGUAAUACACUUGUACGGCCACAAAUCGGCUUUUGGUUCCUCCUCCUGCUUCUACACUUGCCACGAAAACUGGCGCCACAAGUUUAAUACGCCGCUGAUGAAUCCAUGCACGAGCGUCUCUGCAAGAUGCAGCUGGUUAUAGAUGACUGAUUCUUUUUUUUUUUCUUUUCUUUUUUGUCUUUUGGUUGGUUAGGGGAAGAAAGACCUGGGAAUUUUAUGAAUGUAAAGUUGAGAACAUCAUGAUCUAACCUUCUAAAGUUUUUACAUGAAGAGGUUGGACAUUCUUGGUUGAGACUUGAGAGUUUUUAGACACUCAUUUUCUCUUGUUUCUGUUACAAAUUACUACGAGUUUACAACACGUGCAUAGAAACACCCUUGACAAUUGAGGAGGAGUUUUUCAAUCUUCUUGAAACUAAAAAUAGCUGUUGUAUACUUGUAUUGGACAUUACACUUGGCAUACCAGAUUCCGACCCGUCAUGUCGGUUGCUCCUAAUGGUAGAUGAACAAUG